CGGAGGAAGACCCCUGGUGCCGGGAUCGGCCCCUGAUCCGGCUACUGGCCCUGACCCUGAGGUGAGAAAUGUCACCUCCACCCCCAUCUGCCUGACCUGAGACGCAGGCGCCCCGCUCCGGCCGGCACCAUGGACAGCGAGGCCUUCCAGAGCUCGGGGGACCUUCUGGACCUGAACUUCCAGUCUCUGGCCAUGAAGCACAUGGACCUGAAGCAGAUGGAGCUGGACACGGCGGCGGCCAAGGUGGACGAACUGACCAAGCAGCUGGAGUCGCUGUGGUCAGACUCGCCGACGCCACCUGGCUCUCAGGCUGGAGCCCCCGCUAGGCUGCCCCGGUACAGCUCCAGCCCGGUCCCAGAGCCCUUCGGCAGCCGCGGGUCCUCCCGGAAGGCGCCCGGCGACGGCGCGGACGCCCCGUUUGGCCGCUCUGAGAGCGCCCCGGCUCUGCUCCCCUACAGCUCGCUGUCCCCGAAGGGCCGGCCGUCGUCCCCGCGCACCUCCAUCUACCUGCAGCCGGACGCCUACAGCAGCCUGGACCGCGCGCCCUCGCCCCGGCCCCGUGCCUACGAUGGCGCUGGCGGCUCCCUGGGUCGUGCGCCUUCCCCACGGCCCGGCUCGGGCCCGCACCGCCAGCAGGGUACCCCGACGCCCUUCGACCUGCUGGCCCGCGCCAGCUCCCCCCGGGGCAGCCCCCUGGCCGAGGGGCCCCAGGUUUUCUUCCCGGAGCGCGGGCCCUCGCCGCGCCCCUCCGCCGCCUACGAUGCACCGGCCGCCUUCGGUGGCCCCCUGCUGGGCGCGGGCAGCAGCGCCUUCGCCCCGCCUCUGCGAGCUCAAGACGACCUAAUGCUGCGCCGGCGGCCCCCCAAAGCCUGGAACGAGUCGGAUCUGGACGUGGCGUACGAGAAGAAGUCUUCGCACGCAGUUAGCUACGAACGCCUGGACGCCUUCGGGAGGCCCUCCUCCCCGGGUCUGCAGCUGUUACCCUGGAGAGAGAGCAGCCUGGACGGGCUGGGGGCCACCGGCAAGGACAACCUCACCAGCGCCACCUUGCCCCGCAAUUACAAGGUCUCCCCUCUGGCCAAUGACAGGCGUUCUGACGUGGGCAGCUACCGCCGAUCGCUGGGCUCCACGGGGCCAUCAGGCACUUUGCCGCGAAGCUGGCAGCCCGUCAGCCGCAUCCCCAUGCCUCCUUCCAACCCCCAGCCCCGGGGCGCCCCCCGCCAGCGCCCCAUCCCCCUCAGCAUGAUAUUUAAGCUGCAGAACGCCUUCUGGGAGCAUGGGGCCAGCAGAGCCAUGUUCCCUGGCUCCCCCAUCUUCUCCCGAGCUCCGCCGCCCAAGCUGCCUCCCCAGCCCCAAGCACCUCCCCAGUCCCAGCUACUACCCCAGCCCCAGACCCAACCACAGUCCCAGGUGCCCCCACAGCCCCAGUCACAACCACAGUCCCAGCCUCCGCUCCAGCUUCAACACCCUGCCCCCAUGCCCCAGUUCCCCCAACAGUCUUGGAGUGAAGGCACCCCCAAAGCCCCUGCUGAGCUGGAGCCUGAACCAGAGCUGGAGGGGCUGCUGGCCCCAGUGCUGGAGGCUGGCGAUGCAGAUGAAGGCACUGUAACUCGGCCCCUCAGCCCCACGCGGCUGCAGCCAGCGCUGCCACCCGAGGCACAGUCGGUGCCCGAGCUGGAGGAGGUGGCACGGGUGCUGGCGGAGAUUCCUCGUCCCCUCAAACGAAGGGGUUCCAUGGAACAGAGCCCUGCUGUAGCCCUGCCCCCCACCCACAAGAAGCAGUACCAGCAGAUCAUCAGCCGCCUCUUCCAUCGUCAUGGAGGGCCUGGGGGGCCUGAGCCUGAGCUGUCCUCCAUCUCUGAGGGAUCUGAGGCCAGGGCAGGACCCCCUGCUCCUGCCCCACCAGCUCCCAUACCACCUCCGGCCCCGCCCCAGAGCAGCCCACCAGAGCAGCUGCAGAGCAUGGAGAUGCGCUCCGUGCUGCGGAAGGCAGGCUCCCCGCGCAAGGCCCGCCGCGCGCGUCUCAACCCCCUGGUGCUGCUGCUGGACGCGGCGCUGACCGGGGAGCUGGACGUGGUGCAGCAGGCGGUGAAGGAGAUGAACGACCCGAGUCAGCCCAACGAGGAGGGCAUCACCGCCCUGCACAACGCCAUCUGCGGCGCCAACUACCCCAUCGUGGACUUCCUCAUUGCGGCCGGCGCCAACGUCAACUCCCCCGACAGCCACGGCUGGACGCCGCUGCACUGCGCGGCCUCGUGCAACGACACGGCCAUCUGCACGGCGCUGGUGCAGCACGGCGCGGCCAUCUUCGCCACCACGCUCAGCGACGGCGCCACCGCCAUCGAGAAGUGCGACCCCUACCGGGAGGGUUACGCCGACUGCGCCACUUACCUGGCAGACGUGGAGCAGAGCAUGGGGCUGAUGCACAACGGGAUGGUGUACGCCCUCUGGGACUACAGCGCCGAGUUCGGGGACGAGCUGUCCUUCCGCGAGGGCGAGUCGGUGACCGUGCUGCGCAGGGACGGCCCGGAGGAGACGGACUGGUGGUGGGCCGCGCUGCACGGCCAGGAGGGCUACGUGCCCCGGAACUACUUCGGGCUCUUCCCCAGGGUGAAGGCUCAGAGGAAUAAGGUCUAGCCGGAGGAAUAAGGUCUUCAGGGGAGACAGGAGGAAGCAGCUUGGCCUUGGCUCCAGACCUCCCGAUCCAUUACCGCUGCACCUCCCUGCACCCCAAGCCGGGCCGGGGUGGGCUCCUCGCCACCAGCGCUCUGCUUUCCUGGAAGCCCAGGGGAGAAGGAGAACCUCAGCCUUCAGUUCAGAAACCUGCCUUAACUGUGGGAGGUCAUUGUGGGGCACGAGAGAGCCCCCCAUUUGCCAAAUCAGAUUCUGUCCAAAGUGCCCUCCACCCCUCACUGUCAGCCCCUCCCCAAGCCCCUCAAAGCAAGCCAACCCAUCAUCCCAGUGGGAUGGGUCACCUCCAGUGGCUUUACCUGGGAGUCACCUCUGCCCCCAUUUCUCCCAGCAGCCUUGGGGGGGAGGG